UAUCGAUGUAUGUGUACUACGUGCCGUUGGCUUAUAUAUAAAUACAUGCUAACGAGUAACACAUACUGUUUGAAAUAAAAAUUGAAAAUGUUGACUGUGAUCAUUAAAAGGACUGUUUCUCGAUUAGGUUUACGAAACUUGUAUGUAUCCGUAGCAUGUAAUAAUUAUAUAUUGAGAACGAAAAGAUAUCAAUCCAAAGAAUUAAUAUUGCCGUCUAUAACCUCCAAAGGAAAUAUAAUAUAUAGAAAUUUUUCUCAAAACGAGGAAAAGAAGAAAGAAAAAAAAGAAUUUUUGCCACAACUUAUACCUGGUCCCAUUGUUAUGACAUAUUCUAUUUUUAAUACCCUUAAAAUGCGUUUCCUUCAAUUACUUAUACCUUCUUUAACAAAGGAUUCAGAGUUUAAGUUGAGAGAUAUUAUGGAUUCUGCUAGAAAAGCAGCUUCGAUGGUAUCAAUAGCAUUAGCAAAUAAAGAUUAUAAUUCUUUAUACAAUCUUGUAGAUAUUAGCGUAUUACAAAUAUUAAAGUCAAAAGUAGACACAUUAACCGAAGAACAAAGAAAACUUAUUGCUAUGACAGAAGAAAGUAUAUUUUUAUGUUUCCCUUAUAAUCUUAACUUCAUAAUGGAUUCAGAAGAUAAUGCAACUGUAGUAUUGGAAUUGGUUAUACAUUAUGCGCCAGGCGUGGAUCUUAACGAUAUCUUUUCUAAAAGUAAGUUUAUUCAAUUUACGAGAAUUGAACAUAAGUGUGUAAGCAAUUAUACAUUUACACGAGAUUAUACGCAGGGUAAAGAUACUUAUUGGAUAAUCACACAUCUUAAUCACUGUCAAAUAAAUUAAAGCUAAUGUAAUCGUUUAACAGCUAAAACUAUUAAUAAGAAUAAAAAAGAAAAAAUAAAUAAAUAAAUAAAUAAAUCAUUAAAUUGUAAAAAAAAAGAAAUAAUAGAGAAAAAAGGUUAUUUUUUUGCAAGAUAAAAAUAUGAAGAAGUUUUUAUAGUUAUUGUACGUAAUAAAUAUUAUAAUUUUUUUUUAUUAAAAUAUCCUAUUAAAAAAAUAUUCUCAAGAUAAUAAUGUUUGGUUAUUAAAAGGUUAAAUCGAAUUUUCCAAUUAAAUACGAAAUGAGGGAGAUAUUGUUAAAUAUUGACGAAUCACUUUCUAAAAAUCUAAUUGCGAUUUUAACUGAUUUAUAACUAUAUCGCUUUAAAUCAAUGCCUAUACGAUAUCUUUGAAAAAUCUUAAGCAAUAAACGCAUAUUCCCUAUCAUGUAAUGAAA